GGGUGGGGUUGGGUACUUCUCCACAUAAACCAAUGACCUCAGCUGUUUUUUUGGGGGGUAUAACUCACUGACAUUGUAAGUUAGAUCAUUUCACAUAGACUUUCUCUGUGUGAUGGUCUCGGGUUUUGCUGCCGGCAAUAAAACUCUACUGCGCUCAACUUUGAAGACUCCUGGUGAUUUUUGAGACUUUUUGAAAGACACCUCAGCCUCUGUCGGGGAACCAUGAAGACGCUGCCGACUCUCAUACUUCUGGCUCUGAUCUGCUUCUUGCAUCACAGCUCUGCUUUAGGUUCGAUUGCUCCAGAGCUGGUCUCUGAUGUACCAUGCUGUCCAGGCUUCAAUCGAAGGUUAAUUCCUAAGCCGAAGGUGAAACAUGUGGCGUGGACUUCGAAUGACUGUAAAACCAAAGCGAUUUUAGUCACAACUGUGUGUAAUGAGACAUCUUGUCUUGAUCCCGAAUGGAGAUGGGCGAAGAAUCUGUUAGCAGAGUUUAGGAAGGCAACUGCUAACAGCAAGUCACCUUCUGCCCCUUUCAACAUGUCCAAGUGUGACAAAAAGAAACAGUAGUAAUUUAUAUAUAUUCACCCAGCCUGACUGCUAAUUCUUUGUUCUGGUAGCUGUCAGUGUUUCAUCAUGUUAAAUUUCACACAUUCAGUUUCUUUCUGAGGAGUCUUUCUCUGUACUGAAGUUCACAGAAAUAACCAGAUUUACUUCUCCAUAUUUCCUUGUAUAAUUAUAUUGUGGUUUAACUUUAUUAAUCAAAUAAAAAUCUCUUUUCU